GUUUACAAGUCCCUUCUCGUUCUGUCACAACAUGUUUAGUCAGAGUCACGCAGAGAUAUAGAUAAAGAGCAGUAAAGUGGUGAAUUGUGUUCAAACAGGCGGGCCACACGGUUGUAAAGUUUCUUGACAGAACUGCACUGAAAGAAACACUUACCAAAUGAAGCUAUUCUCCCGACAGCAAAAUGUCGGAUUCUAAACCUAUUGCGGCGAUCAUACCCUGGUCGCAGGUAUGUCGCAUGCUGGACAAAGUACAGACUGCUAUCAAGGCUGCCAAAAAGGAAAUGUUGGUCAAGUUCAUCAUACAGUUUCGUGAUCUUCUUAAAAAGAAACUAGAAAAGGAUCCCCAGUCUACCGACAGUUUUUUUCCUGUGCUUCGCAUCCUGCUACCAGCUCUUGACAGAGCCCGAGGAGCCUAUGGUGUCAAGGAACGUAAACUUGCAGAACUUUAUAUCCGUAUCCUUGGUUUGAAGAAAGAGGGUAAUGAUGCACAGAAGCUUCUGCAUUUUAG